UAAAUCAGAUUUUUCUUUACCAUUAUUUCAAAUUAACCGUAUGUUGUAUACAAGCCGUAUAAGAAACACCCAACUGGUAGCUCACUAGUCACUUCACAGUCGAUUGUAUCAAUAGGGACUUAGGGUUUAAAAGGGUCAGAUUUUUUUUUAUGGGGUUUUGUUUAUCUGGAUAUCUUUUUUGAAAUAAAUUAUACCUUUUUUUUUUUUUUUUUUUUUUUUUUUUUUUUGCGAAUUUACUGGAAUCUCGAUUAGUUGACCAUGGUUCGAUUGAUUAUUCCCUGCAAAGGUUCGAGCUUGCCGAGGACAUGUCUCUUGGGUUUGAUUUCGUCUGCACAUGUGAUUACCCAAUACCAUUUCUUAAUCGUUAUCUUGACUUAAUAAAAUUUUCACAAAAGUUGCCGAUUCCCAUAUUAGUCUUUUUUACUUAAAAACUAAUUAAACGAGUAGGAGAUUCGCUUGUUCUGUCAUCUGUGCAACCGGAUCCUUGUCAAAAUCAGUUGAAGAAUCGAAAAUGGAGGGUCCUAAAGAGAUUUUCCUCAAAGAUUACAAAUUACCUGAUUACUACUUUGAUACGGUGGAUUUAAGUUUUUCAUUGGGUGAAGAAAAGACAAUCGUGUGUGCAAAAAUCAGUGUUGUCCCUAGAGUCGAUGGUAUUGCUGCUCCAUUGGUUUUGGAUGGGAUUGAUCUCAAGCUGAUUUCGGUUAAGAUUAAUGGAAAUGAAUUGAAGGAGGGAGAUUAUGAUUUAGAUGCUCGACAUCUAAUUCUCAAAGCACCUCCAAGAGGGAGUUUUAUCUUGGAAACCGUAACCGAAGUUUUACAAAAGAACUCAUCAUUUGAGGGUCUUUACAAGUCGUCUGGUAAUUUCUGCACACAAUGUGAAGCGGAAGGUUUCAGAAAGAUAACUUAUUUUCAGGAUCGCCCUGAUAUUAUGGCAAAAUAUACUUGUCGUAUUGAGGCUGACAAGUUAUUAUACCCUGUGUUGUUGUCCAAUGGAAAACUCAUUGAGCAAGGAGACCUAGAGGGUGGGAAGCAUUUUGCUGUUUGGGAGGACCCGUUCAAGAAACCUUGCUAUCUUUUUGCAUUGGUUGCAGGUCAAUUAGAGAGCAGAGAUGACACUUUCACAACAUGCUCGGGUCGUGAAGUUGCUUUAAGAAUAUGGACCUCACCACAUGAUCUCCCAAAAUCCGAACACGCCAUGUAUUCUCUCAAAGCCGCCAUGAAAUGGGAUGAAGAUGUUUUUGGGCGAGAGUAUGAUCUUGAUCUCUUCAACAUCGUAGUUGUUCCCGAUUUCUUGGGAGCCAUGGAAAACAAGAGCUUGAAUAUAUUCAAUUCUAAGCUUGUUUUGGCAUCACCGGAGACUGCAUCAGAUGCAGAUUAUGCUGCAAUUUUGGGUGUUAUUGGUCACGAGUAUUUCCAUAACUGGACUGGCAACAGAGUGACAUGUCGUGAUUGGUUCCAAUUGAGUUUGAAGGAAGGUCUUACCGUUUUUCGUGAUCAAGAAUUUUCAUCUGAUUUAGGCAGUCGUACAGUUAAGAGAAUUGGUGAUGUUUCAAAGCUUCGUACAUACCAAUUUUCACGGGAUGCGGGACCCAUGGCUCACCCUGUUAGGCCUCACUCUUAUAUUAAGGUGGACAAUUUCUAUACAUCAACGGUGUACGAAAAGGGUGCUGAAAUUGUCCGCAUGUACAAAACUUUAUUGGGAAGUGAAGGGUUUCGGAAGGGGACAGAUCUGUACUUUAAAAGGCAUGAUGGGCAAGCAGUAACUUGUGAAGAUUUCUUUGCUGCUAUGCGAGAUGCUAACAAUGCGGAUUUUGCUAAUUUCUUAUUAUGGUAUUCACAAGCCGGUACCCCUAUCGUGGAGGUUAAAUCUUCUUACAAUGUCGAAGCUCGUACCUUCUCUUUGAAAUUUAGUCAAACGGUGCCACCUACGCCAGCCUGUCUACACUACUGUCUCAGGGUUACAAAGGGUGAAGAAGAAUUUGUAUUCCAUGAUUUGGAUGAAAAACCGAUACCAUCUCUGCUAAGGGGUUAUAGUGCUCCUAUUCGCCUACACUCUGAUCUUACAGAAAACAAUUUGUUUUUCCUUCUUGCUCAUGAUUCAGAUGGAUUUAAUCGUUGGGAAGCUGGACAAAUAUUGGCAAGGAAACUGGUGCUCACUCAAGUUGUUAACUUUCAAAAAGAUGAUAAAUUGGUACUUGAUCCACAAUUUGUUCAUGGUAUCAAAUGUAUACUUUUGGAUUCGAGUCUAGACAAGGAAUUUAUUGCAAAAGCAAUAACUCUCCCUGGUGAAGGUGAGAUUAUGGACAUGAUGGAAGUAGCAGACCCUGAUGCUGUUCAUGCUGUUCGAUCUUUUAUCAGAAAGCAACUUGCUUUGGAGUUGAAGCAAGAAUUCAUAAACAAGGUGAAAGAAAACAGGAGCUCAGAGAAGUAUGAGUUUGACCAUGUUAAUAUGGCAAGACGUGCUCUUAAGAACACUGCCCUUGGGUAUCUUGCGACUCUUGAAGAUGAAGAAAACAGUGAGCUUGUGUUGAAUGAGUACAAAAGUGCAACAAAUAUGACAGAUCAAUUCUCAGCUCUUGCAGCCAUUGCUCAAAAACCGGGUAAAGCCCGUGAAGAUGCUUUGGCUGACUUUUAUAACAAAUGGAAACAUGACUUCUUGGUUGUUAACAAGUGGCUUUCGCUUCAAUCUGCAUCGGAUAUUCCUGGGAAUGUUGAGAAUGUUAAGAAACUUUUGGAUCAUCCAUCGUUUGACCUAACAAAUGCCAACAAGAUGUUUUCGGUUAUUGGAGGAUUUCGUGCAUCAUAUGUUAACUUUCAUGCUAAAGAUGGUUCAGGUUACAAAUUCGUGGGAGACCUUGUGCUGCUGCUUGACAAACUAAACCCUCAGAUGGCAUCUGGGGUGGUUUCAUCCUUUUCUAGAUGGAAUCGCUAUGACGAUACCCGCCAAAAUCUUGCCAAGGCACAACUGGAGAUGAUUGUGUCGGCUAAUGGGGUCUCAGAGAACGUAUAUGAAAUCGCCUUAAAGAGUUUGGCUGUUUAGAAUCUAUAUAUAUAUUUUUUUUAUCAAGAAUCAAAGUGGUAAUCAUAUAAACAUGAAUUAGAAUAAUGGUAAAUGACAAGAACGUG